GUUGCAGCGCUGAUGCGGCAGGUCGCCUCGGGACUUGCGUACAUGCACACGCUCAACCUGCAGCACCGCGACCUCAAGCCAGCCAACGUGAUGCUCGACUCGACGGGCCGCGCAAAGAUUAUCGACUUUGGGCUCGCUUGCGUCUCUUCAGCCUCCCGUUGCUCGCGCACCAAGACCAAGGUGGGCACCGACGCCUACAUGUCGCCCGAAAAGGCCAUUGGCAAGCGGUACGGGCCGGCGGAUGACGUUUGGGCGGUCGGGUGCAUCCUCGCGGAGCUG